UGUGUGUUUGUGUAGCAGCAGCAGCAUGGCAGACUGCAGUGCACACAGUGUGGAAGAGGCGGGGUUUGACAUCUCCGCUCUGAAAACAUCUCUCCAGUAUUUCAGGUGCCGAAGUCGACCGAGAGAGAACCCAGUCUUCUUCACUUCAGCGGAGCCGCAGGCGACACGGAACCGCUUCAAAUCAAACUCUGGGCUUUUUAUUUUAACACACAAACACACACACGUCUUCUCUCUGUCUCUGUGUGUCCGAACUGGGAAUAAAACACGGCUUCGCAAAMGAAGUUAAAAACAAGAAGAGAGAGUGAAGUUCCAGCGGAGUACUUUUCCAACAAAACGCGUUUUCUUCUUCUACGGUUUUAAAAUAACCUCAACUCCCGACUUCACGUUAAAGGAUAUAAACCUUCUUUUUUGGAUUGUUACUCUCUUAAAGCCCGGCCGUGUUUGUGGUCUUACCUGGAUAAAGUUGCAUCGUGGGUGAACUUCUGCGAGGAACGAGUUUCUGCAGCUGAAUGUCAGCAAGAGCAUUGGCACCAUGUUGACCUUACUGACGGCAGUCUACAACCCCCUCCGAAAGCAGCUGUGAAGCUUUCACCAGCGAUUUUACAAGAUGACAGAGACAUUCUUCUGCAUACUGAAAGUGCAAUUUCAUAAAAGAAAAAGACAACUUCAAAUCCAAGGAUUGCCUAAACAAAAGCCUGAACUCUGAUUUUUAUUUUUGAAGUACGUUUAUUUUAACCUUUUUUUAAAAUUAUUAAUAUUCAAAAGAUUUUUUACCCAAUAGAGGAAGUAAAAAGAGCUUCUCGAUAAGCUGCAGACUCGGACUAGAAGCCUAUGUGUUGCAGGGCGGCUGCUGCAGCUUGUGGAAUAACUUAGCCUCAGACUUUUGGGGGCCGAGGGAUUUGCCUGUUCCAGCGACCCCUUAUUUUUUUUAUCGGUUCAUCUCGCCUCAUUUAAGGCACGCUCUGAUAAGCGAUGGCAUGGUACAAGUUCUUCAGGAAGCCGGGGGGCAACCUGGGCAUGUCGUACCAGCCGGGGAGCAUGAUGUCUCUGGCCCCGACCAAAGGACUGCUGAAUGAACCCGGCCAGAACAGCUGCUUCCUCAACAGCGCUGUACAGGUACUUUGGCAUCUGGACAUCUUCAGACGCAGCUUGAGACACCUACCAGGGCAUUUUUGCCUCGGUGAUUCCUGCAUCUUCUGUGCAUUAAAGGGCCUUUUCUCCCAGUUCCAGCAGAGUCGAGAGCGCGCCCUGCCUUCCGACAACCUGCGCCGCGUCUUGGCAGAGACCUUUAAGGAUGAGCAGCGCUUCCAGCUGGGCUUCAUGGACGAUGCCGCCGAGUGCUUUGAAAAUAUUCUGGAGAGGAUCCAUUUGCACAUUGUGCCUGAGGAAACGGAUUCCUGUACUUCCCAGUCUUGUAUCACGCAUCAAAAGUUUGCUAUGGCCCUUUACGAACAGUCUGUGUGCCGUAGCUGUGGCGCUUCCUCCGACCCACUGCCAUUCACAGAACUGGUACAUUACAUCUCCACCACUGCACUUUGUCAACAGGCACAUCAGCGGCGCGAUGAGCCUUUCGGGGAAGUGUUACAAGUAGCAAGUACAAUCGGAGACCUUCGAAAUUGCCCCAGCAACUGCGGACAGAAGAUCAGGAUCAGACGGGUCCUCAUGAACUGCCCGGAAAUYGUGACCAUCGGCUUUGUGUGGGACUCCGAUCAGUCGGAUCACAACGAGGACGUUAUCCGCUCUCUGGGGCCUCAUCUCAGUCUGUCCGCGCUGUUCUACCGGGUCACAGACGAGCGCGCCAAAAAGGCAGAGCUGCUCCUUGUGGGGAUGAUCUGCUACACCAGCCAACACUACUGUGCCUUCGCCUACCACACCAAAUCCUCCAAAUGGGUCUUCUUUGAUGACGCAACCGUGAAAGAGAUUGGUUCCAGGUGGAAAGAUGUGGUCACCAAGUGUAUUAAAGGUCACUUCCAGCCUCUCCUCCUUUUUUACUCCAACCCUGAAGGGAGUGCCAUCGUCACAGAAGAUGCCUCAAAGCCAACCAGCAGCCAGCCUCAACCCAAGACCUCCGUCAAUGGAGAUGUGCAAGUCUCGGAGCCUCACGUUUCUUUACAAAAAAAGCUGGAAUUAACCAAAGAGAAUUUGAAGGCUGUGCUGGGCCACGAUCCUCACAAACAGAAAACGUUGUCUUCGUCUUUAAAAACCACCAUCGCUCCCAAGACUCGCCUCCGAGAUAUCUCCAGAGAAGUUGCCCACCGAGCAGGAGAAAUGCGAGGGAUGCAUUCAUCCAGAAGAGAUGGCCAGCGCAGGGUGGAGCCGCGUCACAAAGAUCCAGGUCAAGACAGGACCUACUCCCGCUCUGCUUCUCCUCCAGAGAACGGCUUCAAACAGCACUUGGAGACCAGACUGUACAGCAGCCAAGGAAAAGGACCCAUUAAGACCGAGCGGACGCCACACCUCAGCAGUCGCCCCGCCCACGAGGUGCCUCGCUCCCACCCGAAGCUCCAACAAGUGUUGCCCAGCGGGCCCACGAUGAGCAGUAGCCAUCAGGGCUGGAGAGUGGACCACCACCAUUCUAACGGAUACGACACCGACAGCAGCCAGGACUCCAGGCAUCGAAACGGAGGGAACGGCCGCAGCAGGCCCAAUAAUCAGUGGAGGCCCACACGGGAGGCGCUGAACGUGGACAGCGUUUUAAACAGCACCGACGCUGGAACUUCAGGAAGAGACGAACGACUGCACCACAGUCCCCGGAGGCGACCCAACAGCCAGUCGCCGACGCGGGAGCGAAACAAGGACUUCACGUGGGGAGGCCGGGAAGAACGCAAACCCAAGAGCCUGAUGACCAUUUACGAAGACGAGCAAAAGCAGGAAACCAGGGGCAGCCGGACCUCGCUGAACUCCGAGGGCCGUGGCAGAUCCAAGAGCUCGGCAACUCUUAAAGUACGCAGUGACAACUGGAAGAUCCAGAGAACAGAGUCUGGGUACGAAAGUAGCGACAGACUCAGCAACGGCUCAGCAAGUCUAGACUCUCCUGUUGUCGAGGGCCUUUCAUCCAAAGACCUCCGGCCCGUACCCGAGCUGCAACCGAUGAGGGAUAAAUUCCCUCAGAGGGAAAGUGACGAUCUGAGGGCUGAAGUCUUGUACUCUGCAUUUUCUAUUCGUGAACAAGGAAGACAUUCUCCAGAUCUACAAGAUCUGUCCAAUCAAUACUUGUCAAGAAAAAACGCCUUUCGAUACACACCUGGACUGUCAGAAAAGAGCGACGACCCGGAUAGCGAACAGGAUGACAGCAGCCCCAUAAGCCCCAUUCCUCCUAUCUUAGCGAAGACCAGCAGUUCUGAGUGGAACAGCUCAGACGACCUCAUUGGACCCUUUUCUGAACAAGAAGAUGCCGGCACUGUUCACGGGGACUCUUUGUCACGCAGCUAUCUCCUUCCUUUACCUAAAAAAACCUUAGGCUCUAAUCUGUCUGGCAUCCACGCCGGACCAACGGCGGCGCCAGCACGGCUGAGCCCCCGUAACGAACCCACGAACGGUUCGCACAACACCCUGCAGAGGUGGCUCGAGACACCCACCGAGCACAGGCUUUCAUCCGACGCUAGCUCCAAGUCGGGCUCAUCGGACCAAGACCGAAACGAUCUGUCAGCCAGUGAAAGCGAUGACAGGUUGCCAAGUCCAAACCCAAGAGCCGGUGACGGUACAGACUCCCCGUCUCAGACCGAGAAGGUCCUCCCCACCACUUUCUUCUCUGUGGAUAGCUGUAUGACGGACACUUACCGGGCCAAAUACCACAAGAAGCCCGGCUUGUACAGGAAAGCAGAGGACCAUACCUCAUCAGGGGAGAGUGACGCUGAAGGGAGGGGUAUCAGCGCGAUGAAGGCUCCGCCCCCUGUGCCUUUGAGAAGCAGAACAGACGCAGGCCGUUCUAAUGCAAAGCCUAUUGCAAAGUGGAACCCAGUUACUCCAAAAGGCCUCGACGAGCAUGGCUUCCUGUGAUCGGAGCGAAGUUUUCGACCAACUUGAAAUGACUGGAUGCCCAUAAGAAGGAGUGCUUCACAUUUUUCUUGUAGCAGAAAGUCAGACAGAACUGUAGGCCAAAGAGAUUGUCCACCGAAGGACAGUUGUCUGUAAUCAUCCAUGAGGCUGCUGAAAGCUUUGAUUUGUAACUUUGCACAGUAGAGCGACACAAGGGUACUAAAAUCUUUUAUUUUUUAUUUUUUGCUAGACUUUUGGAGCUUGGAUAAAAUGUGUAGUUGAAAACAAAAAGUAAAACAUGUUUCGUUCAUAUUUAUUUUCUGCUAUAUCUCAUUCGGUCACUUUUGUUUGUUUUUACUUUUCCCAUUUUCAGUGUUACGAGGUGCYAGUAUCAAAUCUAAAAGUCGUUGGGGUUUUAAAGAAUACAGAAGGUUCUUGGUAUAUCGUGGAAACAUUGUCACCCUUCUAACAUCAAAUUAAUAUCAAUAUUCUGUGUUUAACAUUGUUAUAAAUGAUCUAAAUUCGGAUUUUAGGCUUAUGAGAGGAAUUUCUUUUGUGGUUUACGUGGUAACCGUUAUAAAUUAAGAGUUUUGGUUUAAAACAGACUUGAAGAAAAAUUUAAAAAGUACUUACAGCCUGACACAUUUAGCAAAUGACUUGAUAGCAGUAGGUCUAAGAGGGUUAAAAAUCAUGUUGAACAGUUUUAUUAUGUGGUAGAAACAUGUACAGCACACCUGCUUUUCAUCUGUCCAAGCACUCCCAUUUUGCUUUAUUGUUUUUAACAGUUUWUCUUUAGAAGAACUGGUGAAACAGUUUCUAUGUAAGUACUCGCAGGACUUGAAGUUGUCACAGUGUAACACAUGCAGACUGGGUUUGCUGUUUAUUUGUUUGUUUUCAGUCGGUUAUUGGUUAAAAAAAACUUUGCAGGUGUUCGUCUCGAUGUUUUAUACGUGCAGCAGACUAAUUAAUGCACAGUGCCUUUUGUAUUUUUCUAAGUGAGGCGAAAUGAAGCUGGAUUUGUACAGUUCUUUGAUUUUAAAGAAUUUUUGUAACAUUUAAUUUUAUUUUUAUUAACGGGUUGUAAAUAAAAUGUUUUAUUUAACCUUA